CCGGCGUGAACAAAUUUGAGUCAUUCACUUUAGGAGAAAGGUUGUUCACGUUUUUCGUUAACUUGCUGUACAAGAAUUGUUGCCAUAUUUGGUACUAUAGAGGUCUAAUUCGAGCUGUUUUUUUUUAAAAAAAAGUGGUCUGAUUUUAUAAUCUAUUUUAAUAAUCAUUAAAUAAUCUGCAUCUCCGUAACUCUGUUAAACUUGAUUAUUUUGAUAGUCUUUCAUAAGUAAUUGCAAUGAAUAAAAUGAGUUGCAAUUUAAUUGGUAAACCACACCAUAGAUUUAAACGUCAAUUUUGAGAGUAAAAACAUAUUUAAUCAAUUACAUUGAAACAUAAUCAUCAGCUGUCAGUUUUCCGUUAAAUUCACCACAAAAUACGUAAUCCAUUUAAUAACAGACAACACUCAGAAUUAUUCCCUGACCCUCCCACAUAGAUUCUACAGACAGGAAACAAAGCUGAAUUAGCUUUACGUUCACAGAAAAUUACACGUGAAUCCCGUUUAUGUAACUGCGCAAGCAGAAAUAUUAGCGAGGGAAAUGAAGAUAGAAUAAAGAUAGUACGUGGAUUAUACACGAGCAGACAAACAGCAAGCUUCCCUCCGUAAAAUUUACCUUUUUCAGUCCUUAUACGCGCGGUGCAGUUGGUGGUAUAGUCUAGUGAAUAUAAUACACGCAAAAGGAAUACGAAUAUCAUCUUUCAAAACCGCACGUCAAAAUGGGACUUCACAGAAGACAUGCAGUCGAAGGCAGACUUCACCAUGCCAACCAAUUGACUGACAUGAAACUAUGGCGAGCAGUAUUUGCCGAGUUCUUCGGAACUUUCAUCAUGGUGUACGUCGGUUUGUCGAAUAUCGUCGGCAGUGAGUACGACGAGGGAGUGGGGGCUGGCAUCGACAAUUUGGUCACACCAGGUCUGACAUUCGCGGCCAUCAUCAUGACGCUGAUUCACAUCAUCGGACCCACUUCGGGGUGCCACAUCAACCCAGCCGUGACUAUUUCUCUCGUAGUGGCCAGGAGAUGCCACAUUCUGAAGGGCCUGCUGUAUAUUCCAGUGCAGCUGCUCGGCGCUGUUGCUGGUGCAGGUCUGCUGUACUGGAUUGCACCCGAGGAGUGGAUCGAGGCCACUCACUUGGGCAUGAACAGACUGCGCCCCGAAGUGAGCAUGUUCAAGGGUGUAGUGGUGGAGAUCAUCGGCACCAUGAUUUUGGUGCUGCUGGUCUUAGUCAUUUCUGACCCCGACCCCAAAAAGGAUUUCGAGGGGUUCCCCGCCACUUCUGCCGGCUUCAUGGUUCUGGCAUGCGUGUUCUUCAUGGCUCCUUACACAGGUUGCAGUUUGAACCCUGCCCGAUCCUUCGGACCGGCGUUGGUCAUGGGCUCGUUCGCAGACUACCACUGGAUCUACUGGGUCGGACCCAUUCUCGGUGGACUCCUGGCAGUCGCAGUCUAUUUUGCCGCGCUUGUCCAGGGUAUCCACAAGUUCGAUGAUCCGGAGCCAGUCCCAUCUGACGAGAACAAAGAGGAAGAAGCGAAAGAGGCAAUCACUCUUCCCGAGAAGAAAAAUGACAUAGAAGAGUGUUGAUUCCUCAUAUAAAAGAAUUGGCACUUUUCCACUUCCCCUCCCCUAAAUUGUUAAAAUCGUUUUUCAAAAUCAAAAUUCAUUUGCGGGCGGGGGUGAAAAAGAGCCACAGAAUCAUUCCUAGUGCAAAAUAGGCGGUCCACAAGCAAGUCCAUGUGCUGCUUAUAACAAUAUAAUAACCUUCUCUUCUCCACAUUUGAUAUUAACAACGACCAUUAGCGACACUUCAUCUUCGUAAUCAACCGACACUUUAUCUUCGUAAUCACUACUGAAAAACGCAUUUUCAGGACAAUCUAAUUUAAUUUAUUUCGUCACAUCGAUUGCACCUUGCUAUACUACCCGUCAAUCAAGACUGCGCAACUAAUCAAAGGCACUCUUUUCGCACUAGUAACAUUUCAUAUUGACGUCACCGUCCUGUAAAUUAGACGAGUUUUGCUCGUAAAAUAUUGAGCGUUACUUGAUAGGCGGGUUGCUAGAACUGUCGCAAAAUUUAGCACAUAGCCAUUACAUGCAUUCCUGUUAUAAACAUUGGCGAAGUUAAAUACCCAGUCUAGUAUUGAGCCCAUUUGCUUACGUACUUUACUUAGCAAGGGAAUAAAGCUGACCAGGUAAUUCCCUCGCGAACGUUGUAUUUCAUUGUUGAUCAACCGUAAUAAACCUUGGAUCUUUUACUUCGCCUAAAAAUGGUAUGACUUGACGUCUCAAACUAUGUCAAUAGAUGAAAUAACGUAUAAAAUAACGUGUAGUAACAUAUGGCAAAAAUGUAUUGAGAGACGAGAACCCUCGAGAAAAACAAAUAGAGUAAGAUUAUCAAAACGGAGGCAUUUUUUCAAGAAAAAGAUUAUCUAUUUAGAAUUAUCCCAGUAUUGAACGAUUUUUAUAUCAUUGAGCUUAGAAAGCCUGUAUAUAAUAUUGCAGAGUGGAUUUACGAGUUUAAAGACAUGAUAUUUUUUGGAAGAACAAAAGCAAUCAUCCCACCCACCAGCCCUCCUCCCCCGGAGAAAAUCAAAGAUCUACCCCAGCCUAUUGAGACCAUAAACAAUAUCACGCCAUAUGUUUGAAAUAAAUGUGGUCGCUCGCUUAUAGAUGUUUAGUGCCAUAUGUUCAGGGUUUUGAUAAUGCUGUUAAUUUCACCACUCAAGAAUACCGUUUCAAUAAGAACUAGCCAAGAAAACAGUAACCGAACUUUAACUUCUUAAAACCAAAAAAUGGCCAAUCAACAUCGAUUUUAAUUAACAGCGUUCAUUUCAAAACUCUGUAUUUGUUCCUUGUACUUUGAUAAUAAACUUAAUGUCAAUACUUAAAAACCGCAAUUCAAGAACAUCGCAUUUUGUAUAAAAAAAUCAUAUAUGUUUGCAGUUAAAUUGUUUCUGAUAAAACCCUGUGAGUUUGACUAGACAUUUUCUCAAUGCGUUCUCAAAUCGCAAUUAUUGGCAACUUUCUUGAAGAGGGGUUAUCUUCUGCGCCCCAGGCUGAGUUACUUUUGAUGUAUCCCCCUUGUGUAUAAUGUUAUGUGUGCUCUUCUACCCAUUACAUUACUACUGUGUUUUGUUUAUUGUUGAACAUCUGUGCUAUACCUGUCAAUUACAACUAUCUCAAUGUAAAAAGUACUAAACAAUGAAAUCAUGAAUUAGUUUGUAGUCAGCAAAAACUAGUAAUUCACAUUUCGAUUUACAAAA